AUGUCUGACAAGAAGAUUCUCGUCCUCGGCAGUGGCUUGGUGGCAAAGCCAUGCGUCGACUACCUCCUACGGAACGAGAGAAACAAGUUGACGAUUGGUCCGCAUUCCUUGUUCCGGCAAAUCUCUUACCUAGCACAGCUGACAACCCACCCGUCCGCUGCGCAGGCGUUGGCGUCAAACCACAUACGAGCCACGGCCAUUGCUCUCGACGUCGCCUCCCCUGAGCUGGACGCACAUGUAGCCGCCCACGACUUAGUUAUCUCUCUUGUUCCCUUCGUUCACCAUCCGACAGUAAUAAAUGCCGGGAUAAGGGGAAAGACGCACGUCGUGACUACAAGCUACGUGUCUCCAGGCAUCAGGGAGUUGGAGGAAGAAGCCAAAGCGGCGGGGAUUACGGUUCUGAACGAAGUGGGCGUUGAUCCCGGCGUGGAUCACUUGUACGCCAUCAAAACUAUUGGCGAAGUGCACCGCAAGGGCGGGAAGAUCAAGGAGUUCCAUUCUUACUGCGGCGGCCUGCCGUUCCCAGAAUGCGCCGACAACCCCCUACGCUUCAAGUUCUCCUGGUCGCCGCGCGGCGCUCUCCUCUCUCAGUUCAACUCGGCCUCGUACCUCCAAGAUGGGAAGGUGGUUGACAUCUCCGACCGAGACCUCAUGGCCCGGGCCGGCCCGUGCCACGUUGCCGACGGAUACUCCUUCGUGGCGUACCCGAACCGAAACUCGGUCCCAUUUCGGGAGUUUUACAACAUUCCCGAAGCAGAGACCGUUGUUCGCGGGUCGCUGCGAUACGAGGGGAACCCGUCCUUCGUGGCGGCGCUAAUCAAGCUAGGGUGGCUGGAUACACAGUCGAGGGAGUGGUUGGAGAAGGAGAACAGUGAUCUGACGCUGAGAGAAGUGUUUGGACGCAUAAUCGGCGCACAUGGGUCCCUCAUCGCACGCAUCGACGAGUUGUGCAGCUUCCCAGACGGCGCGGAGAGAGGCAGGAUCAUUUCUGGGCUGCGGUGGAUUGGUCUGUUCUCCAAAAGCCCGGCUACCCUUCGCGGGAAUCCCCUUGACACGCUCUGCGUCGAGCUCGAGCGGCUCUUGAGCUUCCAGCCUGGCGAGAGGGACUUGGUCAUGCUGCAGCACAAGUUCGUCAUCCAGUGGGAAGACGGCAGAAAGGAGACAAGAACCUCUACCCUGGAGCUUCUGGGAGAUCCCGACGGCCACUCUGCCAUGGCGAAGUCAGUGGGCGUUACCUGUGGCAUCGCUACCCAGUUGCUGCUUGAUGGUGAGCCGGCUCUUGAUGUACCUGGAGUGUUGGUGCCUUAUACAGAGGAUAUCUGCAACCCAAUCCGCAACAAGCUUGAGGACGAGGGUAUCAAGUUGGUCGAGAAGACUCUUUAG